CCGAGUCUGCCUCGUCCUUCAAGUACCGUAUGCUCGGGAUCGCACAGCACAAAUACACCGCCGCAACAAAGUACACUCUGUCUGCUUUAGAUCCACCACUACCUCAUCGAGGCUGCUCUCUCUUCACUUGCCCGCCUUGCACUUACAGUUAUAAUCCUCCUGGUGUCCUGAGCUAUUCACUCCUCACUCACUAUACGUAUUCAUAACAACCCCUCUUCGCCCGACCUUGCCUCCUCCCACUCCAACAAACAUUCUUUAGUUUCAACACAGCCUUACCAUUCUUGUUGUUCUUGUCCUACUCCUGCUGUGCCAAUAUGUCCAUUCGGGAUCAACCUACUCCGCCUUUCAAUUCACCAUAUCAACACGCAAUGAAGCCGACAUCGCUCCUUCAGUCUCCAGCCUAUCCUUCUCCUGCUCGCAGUGAGUGUGAGCCUUCGCAUUACCCUGCCGAAGGCCUUGGGCUCCACGGAUAUCAGUAUUAUCCUGCUUCUGGUGCCCCCUCUAGCGCAGUACUCUAUCCACCAUCGCCACAACCCACCGAGGCGUGGUCACACCUCUCCACUGGCGCUUCUCCCCUUAUAUCUGAGCCUCACGCAGAGUCAUGGAACUCGACAUACGAUACUCGCGCCGAACGAUCUCCCUUACCGUGGGGCCCGCAACACCCAUCCCAUCGUUCCUCUUUGUCUUCAGCAAGGGAUGUAUCUAUCUACUCUCGUGAGGAUUCGGAACAUGGAUUUCCACACAUCAAACUCGAACAUGGGAAUGAUUGGGCCGAAGAGGAACGAUCCACCCCAGCCCUUCGCAAUGCUGCAAUGACUGUCUCGCCUGAGCAUCUCACGACUGGAAUGUUCCCUCAUGAGCAUGUAUAUCGCUCGCCAUCCCUUACCAGCUACGAGGCCUCUGCAAUUGAUGGUUAUGAGAGCCGAGAGUACGACUCGGUGCAUUUGGAUGGACGAACACGGAGCCCAGAUUCGAACGGCAACUCAAAUACAUCCACAGCCCGAACUCGAGUGCGAAGGAAUCCCACCACCCGAGACAAUGCGAACCACUCUUGCCAUGUGUGCGGCAAGCUUUUCCAAAGGAGUUACAACCACAAAUCGCACCUGGAGACACACAAUCCUGACCGGAAGAAGGAGCACAUUUGCCAAGUAGAGGAUUGCGGGAAGAAGUUUGUGCGGAAGACGGACUUGGAUCGCCACCACAACAGUGUCCACAGAAAGCUCAAGAAGUUCAGGUGUUGCAAGUGUGACGCUAGCUUCGCACGCAAAGACACUCUUCGCAGGCAUGAAGAAGACGGCUGCCCCAGGCGAAAUGUGCUCCCCAGGACCCGAUCGGUGCGGUCAUCGAUGCCUUACUACCCCGGAUCAAGGUCCGAGUUGUACGAUAGCCGGUCACCACAGAUGUUCCGGGACCAGAGCUACGUGUCCAGCCCUAACAGCUUCUAAGGACAUGCAUACGAAAUUUUAAUGAGUUGGUCAUCUGUUUUCAAGAGCGUAAAGCUCGAGUUGGGAGGCACUUUUGAUUUUGCGUGACAUAGGUCUUGUCCAAGCACGGCGUUCUGUGAUUUGUAUGGAAUUUUUGGUGGAAUUUGUGUGGGAUUGUCCACAAUCUGACAGGAGAUGGACAUU